CCCGUCUCUAUGGUUGGUGCGGGACAGCCCCGCCCCUCCCGGAGGCCUCGAUGGCGGCUCUGAGGCGCUGGGCCCUGGCCCUGCUCCGGGGCUCGGUUCCGGUCGCGGUCGGGCUCCUGCUGUGGGUGGCGAUGGCCGCGGGGGACGAGAAGCGUCAGGAGCUGCUGAAGGCCCUGCCCGAGGCCAACCCCGCGGUGCUGGCGGAGCGGAGGCAGCACAACCGGCUCAUCAUGGCGGCGCUGCGGGAGGCGGCCGAGACCGACGACAACGUGGCGCAGCGGCCGGUGCCGUGGCGGAAGUGACGUCAGCACCGGUGUCCCCCUCCCCGUUAACCCCCUUGUCCUUUGUGCCCCCCCCCCACACCCCUGAAGCUCCGUUUGGAGGCGGAACCCAAAGCUCAGGCACCGGUUGGAGCCCGGAACCGUUUUGUGCCCGGACACUUCCGGCCCGUGCGCUAUGGAACCGGAGCCGGUGAGGCCGCGGCCGCUGUUCGGGGGCUGCCUGAGCUGCCGGUUGCUGUCCGGGCUCGGGCUGCUCCUCGCAGCCGCUUGGGUCUAUCAGGGCCCCCGGAUGAGCAUGAAGAGAGGGAUCCCCCCGACCAUGGGAACCAUCGCGCAGAUCACGUUCGCACUCGGUGUGGGGGCCUGGGGCGUCGUCAUCCUCGUGGAUCCCGUUGGGAAGCAGCUGCGCAAGGAGCCGUGACGUCAUCGGGACGCUGUGACGUCAUCAGAUCCCUGAUGACGUCACCUGGACUCGCGGGGGUGG